ACAAGAAACCCCAACCGGACCUGACCUAACCUAUCCUAACCUGGCCAACUUGUUCACUAUCGCGUUGUUGAUAACGUCUCUCUGGCAAAUAAGCUACGUACCCAACGCAUUUUGUCAUGACAGGGGCGCACGUGCUCGACGACGUCGAUUUCAUUGAAUAAGUAGAUCUUCUGGGGAUCUGACCGCUUGCACUCCAUCAACAUGGCACGAAAUGCGGAAAAGGCUAUGACAACCCUUGCCAGAUGGCGAGCGGCUCAAAGUGGCGAAGGUGUCAGAAAAGAGCAAGAAAGACGACCUUACCUUGCCUCGGAAUGUAGAGACUUGCGUAAAGCUGAGAAAUGGCGGAUGCAAAUCAUCAGAGAGGUUGCUAAGAAAGUGGCUCAAAUUCAAAAUGCUGGUCUCGGUGAAUUUCGGAUAAGAGACUUGAAUGAUGAGAUCAAUAAAUUGCUUCGGGAGAAACGACACUGGGAGGCACAAAUUAAAGAGCUUGGAGGACCCGACUAUUCGCGAGUUGGUCCACGGAUGUUGGACCACGAAGGUCGGGAGGUGCCUGGCAACCGUGGAUAUAAGUACUUUGGCGCGGCUAAGGAACUCCCCGGUGUUCGCGAGUUAUUUGAACAGGAGCCACCACCCCCACCAAGGAAAACACGCGCCGAACUUAUGAAGGAUAUCGAUGCCGACUAUUAUGGUUAUAGGGAUGACGAUGACGGGAUUCUGCUGCCACUGGAACAACGAGCGGAGAAAGAAGCUAGAGAGGAAGCGCAAAGAGAAUGGCAGGAUGUUAAGAGCAACAACAAAUCAAAUGCCAAAGAUGAUGAGGUGGAAACGACAUCUCAGAGGAAUAUCCCAUCGCAGGCUGACAUACAGGAGGCAUUACUUGCGCGAAAAAAACAAGAACUAAUAGAAAAAUAUGCGGUUUAACCAUUUCUUUUAUUACAAGCCUACGGAAUUAUUAACAAUGAUCAAUUUCCUUAUUCUCAUCGAUGUCGUGGCAUCGCCAUUUUCGAUAUAAUAAUCGUCCUGGAGUAAACUUUUAUAAAACGCGAUUUGAACAA